CCACACCACGACUCUGCUGUUUUCCUCAUUUUAUCUUACACAAUGGCUCCAAUCAAACACCACUUCACCCCCAAAACUCUCCACCACUUCUCACGAAACCAUGCUAUUACACAUCUCUUCUCCCCCAAUCUCUCAUCGAAACCCUCACUUCCUCUCCCCUCUCAACCACCUCCCUCCCCGAUCCAAAACCCACCUCUCAAAAUCCCACCUUUACUCUGCUUUCCCCAACCAAACCCUCAAAAACAGAGCACCCUUCGGAAACAAGACCCCCCCGCAUGGAGACCGGCUCCGUCUCAGACCACAAGCUCUCCCCGGGAUCGACUUAGGAAGCUUCGAGUCCGUCCUAGAAGCCACCGCCGUCCUCACCGCCAUCAUCGUCGUCCACGAGUCCGGCCACUUCCUCGCCGCCACCCUCCAAGGGAUCCACGUGAGUAAGUUCGCUAUCGGGUUCGGUCCGAUUCUCGCUAAGUUCGAUUUCAAGAACGUCGAGUAUUCCCUUAGGGCGUUCCCUCUAGGUGGGUUCGUUGGCUUCCCCGACAACGACCCCGACAGCGAGAUUGCAACCGACGACGAGAACUUGCUCAAGAACAGACCGGUUUUAGAUAGAUCGAUUGUUGUCUCGGCUGGGAUCAUCGCUAAUGUGAUCUUUGCUUAUGUUAUAAUCUUUGUGCAAGUGUUGUCCGUUGGUUUGCCUGUUCAAGAAGCGUUCCCUGGUGUUCUUGUCCCCGAAGUUAAGACCUUUUCUGCUGCUUCUCGUGAUGGGUUGCUUUCUGGCGACGUUAUCCUCUCUGUGGAUGGUGCUGAGUUGUCUAAGACUGGUCCUGACGCUGUCUCUAAGGUUGUUGAUAUUGUUAAGAGAAGUCCCGAGAGUGAUGUGUUGUUUAGAAUCGAGAGAGGGAAUCAAGAUUUGGUUGUUCGGGUUAGGCCUGAUAAGAACUUCGAUGGGAUGGGGAAGAUCGGUGUUCAGCUCUCUCCAAACGUUAGAAUCACUAAGGUGAGGCCGAGGAACGUUCCCGAAGCGUUUAGGUUCGCGGGGAAGGAGUUUAUGGGGCUGUCUUCCAAUGUCUUGGACGGUCUGAAGCAGACGUUCUUUAACUUCUCUCAGACAGCGAGUAAAGUGGCAGGACCCGUGGCGAUCAUUGCGGUGGGAGCAGAGGUCGCGAGAUCGAACACCGACGGGCUUUACCAGUUCGCGGCGCUGCUGAAUAUCAACCUGGCCGUGAUUAAUCUCUUGCCGUUGCCUGCUCUCGACGGCGGGACGUUGGCGUUGAUACUGUUGGAGGCGGUUAGAGGAGGGAGGAAGCUUCCUGUAGAGGUGGAGCAGGGGAUCAUGUCUUCAGGGAUCAUGCUUGUGAUAUUCCUUGGAUUGUUUCUCAUUGUCAAGGACACACUUAGCCUUGAUUUCAUUCAAGAAAUGUUGUAGUUACAUCUCUUUUGCCAAAAGAAAAGUAUUUCGAGUACUGUGAUACUGAAUAUGGAAAUUGAUUUGUGAUUGGGUGUAUAACGAGGGUCGGUCUUGAACU